GUCGGCGUCUUCUGCGGCGUCCUCCGGUGUCCUCGGAGCCCUUGAAGCUCGGACCGGACCCCGAGAGUCAUGGAGAUGAAGGCCGUGUGCGUGCUGAAGGGCCAGGGCCCGGUGGAGGGCACCAUCCACUUCGUACAGAAGGGCAAUGGGCCUGUUGUGGUAUCAGGAACCAUUACAGGAUUGACUGAAGGAGAGCAUGGAUUCCACGUCCAUCAGUUUGGAGAUAAUACACAAGGCUGUACCAGUGCAGGCCCUCACUUUAAUCCUCUAUCCAAAAAACAUGGUGGGCCAAAAGAUCAAGAGAGGCAUGUUGGAGACCUUGGCAACGUAACUGCUGGCAAGGACGGUGUGGCCAACGUGUCUAUGGAAGAUUCUCUGAUUGCACUCUCAGGAGACCAUUCCAUCAUUGGCCGCACGAGUGUCCACGAGAAACGAGAUGACUUGGGCAAAGGUGGAAAUGAAGAAAGUACGCAAACGGGAAACGCUGGGAGUCGUUUGGCUUGUGGUGUCAUUGGGAUCACCAAGUAAAUAUUCCCUAGGAUGCGAUCUGAGUCCUAGUAACUCCUAUGUUAUCUUGCUAGUUGUAGAAAUUUAACUUGAUAAACAUUAAACACUGUAACUUUAAAAGUGUAA